GCGGGGCGGCCGGCGGGCGGUGGCGCCCCUUCCCCAGGUGUUGCGGCGCUUCCACGUCGCCAGGCGGCCCGUGGCUUCCGCGAGCCCAGGCCGCCCCAGCGUCCGGAGCGCCGGCCUUUGGGUUCCCGCGCCAUGGCGGGGCCGGGCCCCGGGGACCCGGACGAGCAGUACGACUUCCUGUUCAAGCUGGUGCUGGUGGGCGACGCGAGCGUGGGCAAGACGUGCGUGGUGCAGCGCUUCAAGACCGGCGCCUUCUCGGAGCGCCAGGGCAGCACCAUCGGCGUGGACUUCACCAUGAAGACGCUGGAGAUCCAGGGCCAGCGGGUCAAGCUGCAGAUCUGGGACACGGCUGGCCAGGAGCGCUUCCGCACCAUCACGCAGAGCUACUACCGCAGCGCCAACGGGGCCAUCCUGGCGUACGACAUCACCAAGAGGGACUCCUUCCUGUCGGUGCCGCGCUGGAUCGAGGACGUGCGCAAGUACGCGGGCUCCAGCAUCGUGCAGCUGCUCAUCGGGAACAAGUCGGACCUUGGGGAGCUGCGGGAGGUGCCACUGGCCGAGGCGCAGGGCCUGGCGGAGCACUAUGACAUCCUGUGUGCCAUCGAGACGUCAGCCAAGGACUCGAGCAACGUGGAGGAGGCCUUCGUGAGGGUGGCCACCGAGCUGGUCGUGCGGCACGGCGGCCCGCGGCUCAGCGAGAAGGGCGCCGACCACAUCCAGCUGGACAGCAAGGACGUCGCGGAGAGCUGGGGCUGCGGCUGCUGACGGGGCGCCCGCAGGGGAAGCCGGGUCACCGUCCGGAGGCCGUGCCACCAUCCGCAACGGCAGCACCGGCCUCCGCGACGGAAGCGGCAGGAGGGACCUGGUGGCCUGAGCUGGGGCUGUGG